UCAUUUAAAGCUAACGUUACUAAAUAUUAUAGAGAUAAUUGAAAAUUUUCUAGACUUAUCCAUUACCAAAUUAUUAUCAUUUUUCUUUUUCCUUUCACAAAUUGUACACCUAUAAGCUUUAAUUAUGGCGGAGGAAACGAAGAAGGAGGUUGCGGCUGAAACGCCUGUGGCUCCGACGCCGGCAGUGGAAGCUCCAACGCCGGUAGCGGAGGAUCUUAAAGCUGAUUCCAAGAAAACAACCGUAGCUCCACCGCCAGCUGAGGAAAAAUCCGAUGAAUCGAAGGCUCUUGCCGUCGUUGAGAAAGCCCCUGAGCCAGCACCAAAGAAAAGUUCAACUGGAUCACAUGAUAGAGAUGUUGCUCUUGCGGAUCUUGAAAAAGAAAAAAAGUUGUCAUUCAUUAAGGCAUGGGAAGAUAGUGAAAAAACCAAAGCUGAGAACAAGGCCCAGAAAAAGCUCUCUGCUAUUGUAGCAUGGGAGAACAGCAAGAAAGCAGCUCUUGAAGCAAAACUCAAAAAAAUUGAGGAACAAUUGGAAAAGAAGAAAGCCGAGUACGCCGAGACAAUGAAGAACAAGGUAGCUUCAAUUCACAAGGAAGCAGAAGAAAAGAGAGCAAUGGUCGAAGCCAAACGUGGAGAAGAGGUUCUCAAGGCCGAAGAAAUGGCUGCUAAAUACCGUGCGACCGGACAAAGUCCGAAAAAGCUCCUUGGGUGUUUCUGAAAAUUUCUGGUCCGGUUUUGAAAUGAAUUUCAUUAAAACUUGUUUGCUUGCAAACACUUUUUUUUUUCUUUUUUUUCCCUUGUUUGUAACUCCAUGUUUUCAAUUGUGGUUAUCUAUCUUGUUUGUUUCUAUGUUGUUUUUGUGUCUUGAACAAUGUGGAAGAAGGACAUCAUUACAAAUUAUGUAUUAUUGGAUGUGUUGUUAUAGGAAUACAAUUUUAUUUUAUUGUUCUUUGAGGACAACUUUUUUAA